AUGGCAGACGACACAGCGAGUGUGCGGCAACGCAAAGCCGUCCAAGUCGUCGAAGACGAGGACAACUCCGUUGUGGAUACCCCGAUUGCAGGAGGGAAGAAGAGCAAAAAGUCCAAAAAGGACAAUACGUACACGGACGAGUACAGCCCCUACGUCGACGUCCUGCGCCUGCUGAGCUUCUUCUUCCUCGCCUCAUGCGCCCUGAGCUACCUCCAGAGCGGCGGCGAGAGCUUCUUCUGGGGCCAGAAGAACAAGCCCUGGUACAUGAGGCCCGACUACUGGAAGGCCAAAUGGAACGGCCCCAUCUACCUCACCCCCGAAGAACUCCUCCAGUAUGACGGCAGCAACCCCGACAAGCCAAUCUACCUCGCCAUCAACCACACAAUCUUUGACGUCUCCGCGAACCCGCGCAUCUACGGCCCGGGAGGCUCCUACAACGUCUUCGCUGGCCGCGACGCCUCCCGCGGCUUCGUCACGGGCUGCUUCGUCGAGGACCGCACCCCAGACAUGCGCGGCGUUGAGGACAUGUUCAUCCCCCUCGACGACCCAGAGAUUGACCGCCACUGGUCCUACGCCGACAUGCAGAAGCUGCAGGAACAAGAGCGCGAGGCCGCGAAGCAAAAGGUGCACGACGCCCUCAAGCACUGGGUCGACUUCUUUACAAAGAGCGACAAGUACGCCGAGGUCGGAAAGGUCAAGAGGGAGCCUGAUUGGUUGGAAAAGGAGGCUAAGAAGACGCUCUGCGAGCAGGCGCAGAAAGGACGGGUCAAGAGGAAGCUCCCCGGAGAAGAGACCAACUAG